CAUCAUUAGCGAAGCUAGUUGUUGCUACAAUCCAAGACGUGCGAAUAUUCACAGUUGGGUGCGACUGCUAUGAUGAUUUUGCGAAGCAGCACCAGUUUCUAAAAAGGAUCUCUCGACAAUGUCUGAAGACGAUGACACGCCGUCAGCAGUGGCGCCUGACAAAGAGGACAGCAGCGACGAGUCUGAGGACGAGGACAAGCAACAGGUCACCAUUCAAAUGCCACCCACGAACUUCUCCAAUGUCAGUGUGCAGAAUUCGAACAACGUGCACUUCGGGAACACUGCUGUUUACAAUGGUGACGUGACCGUGAUAAUGAGCCCCCUCGAAUUGACCAAUAUGGACACAAGCCUCCAGCAGUUAAAACUAUCAGGUGAAAAGUUAGUGCUCCUACCCAAUGGACAACCUGCCAACCUGACCGACGACCAUAAGACCAAACUUGUCGAGCGAGUACUCGGCAAGGUCCAACAGUGUCCUGACCAAACAGUUCAUACUUCUGAUAAAAAUGCCUUCAGACCGAAAAUCUGUCUCAAGUAUUCUAUCAAGAGACAGUUGGCCGUUUUUUCGGUUUCAGUUGUCGUCAUCAGCCUUUUGGUAUCCCUUAUUGUAAUUUUAAACCUUCAACACAGUUUUCAACACACUUGCGAGGAUAACAACGAUCAAAUUGAAUGUCCCAUUUAUGAUAAAGGGAGCAAUUUCAUCAACGGGACAGAAGGCUCGGCGCCAUACUACUCAAGGGUAGAUUGGAUAGCGCAGCCUGUUAACUACAGCGACUAUCUCAAGCUUCCAGUUGAGUUUGUAAUUAUCAGCCACUCAGCAACUCAACCAUGCUACAACAAUUCGCAGUGCAUCCUCCAGGUACGGAAAUUCCAGAUGUAUCACAUUGAAAGCUUUGGUUGGGCAGACAUCGCUUAUAACUUUUUGGUUGGAGGAGAAGGCGGAAUUUAUGAAGGGCGAGGAUGGGACAAAAUCGGCGCUCACGCCAAAGGCUACAAUACAAAGAGCAUUGGAGUCAAUGUAAUUGGAACGUUUGUAAACGUGCUACCAACAAGCAGACAAAUGAAGAGUGUCAAAAUUUUGAUGGAGGAAGGAGUGAGACUAGGAAAAUUGAGGGAAGACUACAAACUGAUUGGACACAGACAAGUUUCUGUAACCGAGUCACCUGGUAAAACGUUUUUCAGUGAAUUGCAAAAAUGGCCACAUUGGUACAGUACUAUUGACCUGCCGAAGAGAUCUUAAAUUUGUGGAUAAAUUGAAUUUAAACAGUUAUUAUGAUGUAAUGAACACCGCAACAGAACUUUAAAAAGGCAGAAUUUUCUUCAUCACCAACUCAACGUGCAUGAAAUGACAGGUGUUUAGAUUUAGAUUUUCAUUUAGUUGUUUACUUUGUGCAAGUGACGGCUUUUCUGUCCCAAACGCUGAUUAUGUUAACAAAAUUUGCUGUGAGAAAUGCAACAAAUUUUUUAUUUUAGUUUUACUUUAAAAAAAUGUAUAAUAUGUUUCAUAUCAACUUUGUCAUUGUGAAAUAUAAAACUUUGUGUUGUGUUGAAGAUGCACUA